UUUAGCAAAGAACUAUUAUCAAUCAGUGCCAGAUGAACAACCUGGAUUUGACACCAAGAAGAAAGUUGACUACGGUAAAAUAGCUUUGCUCCUCACAAUGGAUGUCACUUUGACUCUACCACCGCGCUCGAAAUUUGUACUCAUUUUGGAAUCAAGUGUAGCCGUCAUUUUCAUGUUACUGUCACUGAUUGGAAACUUUACAGUAUGCUUGGCAAUUUUUCGUAAAAGGCUUUUGAGAACGGUACCGAACUAUCUCCUGUUGAACCUGGCCACUGCAGACAUUUUCAGUGCCGUUAUCAGCUUCCCUCUGCUAGUCUCUGUCCUUAUCAGUGGUAAGUGGAUGUUUUCCAGAAGCGUUUGCCAAAUCCAGGCUUUUCAAAGCUAUGUCUCGUACUCUUGCAGUCUCUUGACUCUUACCGUUACUAGCAUUACAAGAUAUUACGCAACUGUUCACCCAGUCAAACACAGAGGAGUAUUUAAAGUGAAAAAAGUUUUAGUAUUGAUCUCUAUCGUUUGGACCGCAUCAUGUGCGUUUGCCGCGAUGCCACUCCUCGGGUUGGGACGAUAUCAGUUUGAGGCUUUUUACGCUAUCUGCAUUCAUGACCACAACGCCAGUUCAUCGUACAACAUGUUUUCGUUCACCUUUUUGAUAGUGAACUCAACAGUAAUUGUGACUUGUUAUUCAAGAAUAUUCAAAGCCAUGAAAACAAGAAAGCGCAGAAUCCAUCAUUUGUUUGCCCAAGGUUCGACAUCGAGGCAGUUGGAGAUGAUAAACGCGCAAGAAGCAAAACUGACCAACACAAUCUUCAUCGUGAUAUGUCUAUUUACUCUAUGCUAUAUUCCAACAAUAGUGCUAGGAUUUUUAAUGUUUUUGACCGUGAAUGUUCCGCGCUUUGCCCGAAUGCUGUCAACAUUUUCAGUGGGAUUCACAUCCGUGGUAAAUCCAGUUAUCUAUUGGGUGCGCAGUAAAGCUUUUCGCGAAGCUCUUGUCGGGAUUUUUAGAAAAAAUAGUUUCGAGAGAAAUUCACUUCGAAUCGACGUGGGCGAGCUUACUAGAUGUUCCAAUCCAGUAGAGCUUGUUAAUGUUUCAAGAGGAGAUGAUGGAACCGUGAAGAAAAGGAAAACUACAAUUACUUCACCAGAGGUUAUCGCACAUGUCUGAUUAAGCUAUCCAUACGGAGCCAAACGAACAUAACAUUUUUAAAUUGAUGGACAGGCCAUCAUUAAACGGGUAUUUUGGUAUUAAGGCAAAGCAAAGUGAUGAAAAGCACUACAAAAACAAAAAAAUAUAUUACACAAUAAAUUCAGUUAAAUGUCAGAACGGAUCGUCCCUGUCGAAGGCUAGAUGAAACCAUAACGAAACAUAAAUAUGGAGAGGGCUGCCACUUGACAAUGCUCUGGUUGCACCUGUCUAAAUAACAGUUUUGAUGGGUAUAGAAAAUAUAUUCAGAAAUUGUAAUGUAUAGAAUUGCCUAUAGAUGAGCUCGAAAUGACUUUAAAUUUUCAGUGUUCAAUUUAUUCAACUCUUAAAUUGUUUUCAUAUUGGAAAUAUUA